UAAGGAAUCAGAUGGACGUGAUCAGGGGCGGCCACGGAAAUUCUCGCGAGUCGUCUGCUUGAACACUGUUCUCCAAACGAUGGACGCCACUUCAGCAGCACGAGCAAGAGCGCCAUAAAAUAUCCUACUCAGAAAUGACUUUAUGAGGCAACGCAUUCUGACGCGAUUUAGUCAAAGUCUUCAGGCUGCCUCAAAUCAACAAUAGCACAAAUAAUGCAUCUCUCAUAGGAGAAGACAAUCUGGACUUCCGAAGCCGCUGAAAGACUGGAAGUUUACUUACCAUCUGUAUAGUUUCUUCAGCUAACUCGUGUGUAGGCCACUAGUUUCAGGGAUGAUUUCGAGAGUGGUGGCAGUUUUGCUGAUGGGUCUGAUGGUACUAUACAAGGCCGCACAGCUUCCUCCUCCGCAGGAUGCUGUACUCCCAGCAGAUGCUGUAACUACCAGUACAAGGAUCAGGCUCGGCGACGGAAGGUAUCUGGCUUACAGAGAGAGGGGCGUGGCUAGAGAAAGAUCGAACUACAAGGUCAUUGUAGUACACGGCUUUGGGAGCUCCAAGGAGAUGAAUUUUCAGGCACCCCAAGAACUGAUAGAGAAGUUGGGUAUAUACUUUCUGCUAUACGAUCGAGCUGGGUAUGGAGACAGUGAUCCUAACUCAAAGCGCUCCUUAAAGAGUGAAGCUUAUGACAUUCAGGAACUUGCAGAUCAAUUAAAACUGGGGCCCAAGUUUUAUGUGAUCGGGGUUUCAAUGGGAUCCUACCCUGCCUGGAGUUGCCUAAAACACAUACCACAUAGACUAGAAGGCAUGGCUUUAGUAGUUCCAGUCAUCAACUAUUCUUGGAAAUCUCUUCCGGAGGAUUUGACUAGACUGGACUACAGGAGAAAGCUCAUCCAGUGGACCCUCUGGCUUGGAAAGUAUACCCCCAAAUUGCUCCACUGGUGGGUGACUCAAGAAUGGCUUCCUUCAACUAAUUUCUUGGAGAAGAACCCAAUUUUUUUUAACAAUCGAGACGUUGAUGUCCUCAAGAAGACACCUGGAUUCCCAAUGCUCACCAAGGAUAAACUAAGGAGAAGGCAGGUGUUCGACACACUCCUAAAUGACUUCAUGGUCAGUUUUGGCAACUGGGAAUUUGAUCCACUGGAUUUAAGCAAUCCGUUCCCACGGAAUGAAAGCUUUGUUCAUAUCUGGCAAGGGUACGAAGACAAAGUAGUGCCCUUUCAACUUCAACGGUAUGUUUCAGGAAAGCUACCCUGGAUUAGGUAUCACGAAAUUCCCAAUGGCGGACAUCUGAUUGUGCAUUACAAGGGGGUAUGCGAGGCAAUUCUCUGGGCUCUUCUAAAUGGAGAACAUCUUCCGGAUAAACCGGCAACAGCCAUGACUUUACACAAAUUGUGACUCGCGUAGCUUCUGCAGCUCUUGUUGUCAAUAAUAUAUGUGUAAGUGUACUGAUCUCACCGUGAUACAUAUACCACUGAAAAUUUGGGGGCCCUUGAAUGAUAUCUUCUUCUCUCCA